CGCAGCCCGCCAGGUUUGCGGCUCCAACGGGUGGGGUUGGCAGCUUGCAGCAGGCCCAUGGCGCUAUCAGCCGUUACGAUUGGGUUGGACGUGCCCUUGCCGACCGAGCCUUUCGUUCUAUCCUCGCCGCCGCCGUCGCCGUCGCCGCCGUCUCGUAUCCCUCGGAGAUUCUCCAUUCCCGCCUCUCCGGCCGCCGCAGCUGUAUGCUGCAAGCCUGCCUUGUCUUCUUCCAUCACCUCCAGCGGCCCAGCGUGCACGCAAACUCCCACCCACUGAUGGCUGGCCCUACCGUCGCUGCCGCCCUACCUCGUCUCCUCCUACGGCGACGAGCACCCCCAUACGCGCUGCCCUGUCUCCCCUUCCUGCUGUGCGAAAUCUUGCGCCCAAAACCUAACUUCCUAUUCGUAUUCGGAUCUGAAUUCAAAUUACAAGUGUAUACCCCAUUUUUCUUAUUUUUUUGUCCCAAUUUAUGUAGCUGACAAAAUCCCUUGACUUGUGCAUCUUUUGCCUUGUUCUUUCUCUACUUUAGAUUACCAAAUACGGUGAACCGUGUGGUCCAGUGGAAUUUUGCACCUCAUUGUACUUUGAAGGCAAAUAAAGCCAUUCUCCAAUCUGAAGGCGAAACAAGGAGUGCACAUCUUUGUUGUAGAGGGCAAAGUUUGCUCAGCUGCUGCUGGACAUUGGAGAGCGCAGUGGUGGUUGUACGCCUGAAAGGAAUUCUUUGUAAAUUUCCCCUAUAUCUGGUUCUGUUAUCAUCAUUAUUUUCCUUGCGUUAGACAAUAAUGUCGGAGAACGAAUUAGCAGUAAUAAAACCAGAGGUACAUCUCCUGUUGCACUUCCUGUUAAUUAGAGAUUAAAUGUUGCAUUCUUAUCUUGAUUGCAUCAUUUGGGCCUAAAUCAACUAAUCAAGUUUAUUGGUGAACUCUGACAGGCAUUGAAAACUUAUAUUUGGCUUCAGUGCUUUGAUGGCUCCAUACAACAAGUGGAGGAAGAAGUUGCGAUGUUCUGCCCUAUGAUAUGUCUGGAAAUAGUGAAAAAUGGGACAGGAUCAUCUAAGAAUCAUGCUAUAGUACUACCAGAAAGAGUUAGUCCGGCAAGUUUGAGUUUGAUUCUUAAUUAUUGUCGCUUUCAUCAGGUCCCUGGGCGCUCAAACAAGGAGCGGAAGUCAUUUGAUGAAAAGUUUGUCCGGAUAGACACAGAAAAACUCUGCAAGUUGGCUUCCGCAGCCCUUGGUCUGCAGUUAAGGCCACUAGUUGAUCUUACUUGUGGAGCGCUUGCUCGAAUCAUUGGAGGAAAGACACCCGAUGAAGUUAGAGAUAUUUUCCAUUUACCAGAUGACUUAACAGAGGAAGAGAAACUAGAGCCACUAAAAAAUGUAAAUGAUGAUCCUACGAUUCGAUUAUUGAACCGAUUGUAUGCAAAGAAGCGGAAAGAACUGCAGGAACGCCAGAAACUAAAGGAUGUCCAAACACAAGAGCAAAAAGAUGAGAGAUCUUUGGAUGAAUUACUUUGUUUUAUAAAUGGACAUGGAGAUUCCAGAGGUGGGAAAGCGUCUAAGAAUAAGAAAAGGAAUAAAAGAAGGAAAGAUCAAGUUAAGAAUCCCACAAAAGCGGACUCUGAACCUGUAAAUAAGGAGGGAGCUUCCUGUGUGGUUCCGUGCAAAGAAGAUAGUAAUAACCUCUCUAGGCAUCCUUGCCAAAGUCCAAAUUUGCAAGAUGAUGUUGAGUACCCCUUCGACAAUGCUGACCUUGAUGAUGGACUUGAUCCUGCAAUGAGGGAAGAGCUUGAUAGAGAAGUGGCGGAAUUUGAGAUGAAGCUGAAAUUAGCUUGGUCUGAAAGAAUGGUUCUGGGACAGGAUCAACCAAUGGAAUCGGAUGUUGAUACGCGGUGAAAACCUUAGCUGGAAGGAGUUUUGUUCGAGAGAUACAGGAUGACAUUGCGAGGUGCAAUAGUCAUGUUCUGUGAUUUGUAUGUAACCCUGCUCUUCAAGAGAGUAGUGUCCAACCGUAUGUUACCCCAAAAAAAGGGUGGAGUGACUGGAAACCGGAAGUUUUGAAUCUAUGUAUGUUCAUUAAUUUUGACAGGAACUAUCUUGUGAAUGAUUCAAAGGGAAAAUGCUGUGUUGUUGGAA